CGGGUGGGAAAGCCCUUCGCGUCCGCCAUUUUGGCUGCCUCUGUCGGUCCGUUCAGUUACCACGUGAACCGCCGACGGAGACCCGUGGUGGGUGGGGGGAAGCGGCGGCCGCGUAUAAAGUGAGAAAGGGGGAAAAAAAAAAAAAAAAAAAAAAAAAGACAACGAAGGGGAAAGGGGCGUCGCGGUUGGGAGACGCCGGUGACACCCGAGGGCCCGGUCGCGGCGGUGGAUCGGGGCAUUCAAGGCUGAAGCCGCCAGGGAACGGCGGCGGUCGGACAAACACACUGACCGAGCCGGGCGGUGGCGGGAGCAGCGGGAGGAGCCGGAACGAUGCCGGCCGUGAGCCUCCCGCCCAAGGAGAACGCGCUCUUCAAGCGGAUCUUGAGAUGUUAUGAGCAUAAACAGUAUAGAAAUGGGUUGAAAUUCUGUAAACAAAUCCUCUCUAAUCCCAAAUUUGCAGAGCAUGGAGAAACUCUGGCUAUGAAAGGAUUAACAUUGAACUGUUUGGGUAAAAAGGAAGAAGCUUAUGAAUUGGUUCGUAGAGGUUUGAGAAAUGACUUGAAGAGUCAUGUGUGUUGGCAUGUUUAUGGCCUUCUCCAGAGGUCAGACAAGAAAUACGAUGAAGCCAUUAAGUGUUACAGAAAUGCGCUAAAAUGGGAUAAAGACAAUCUUCAAAUCUUAAGGGACCUUUCUUUACUACAGAUUCAAAUGCGAGAUCUUGAGGGUUACAGGGAAACAAGAUAUCAAUUACUUCAGCUUCGACCUGCCCAGAGAGCAUCAUGGAUUGGUUACGCUAUUGCUUACCACUUAUUAGAAGAUUAUGAAAUGGCAGCAAAGAUUUUAGAAGAGUUUAGGAAAACACAACAGACAUCCCCCGAUAAAGUGGAUUAUGAAUAUAGUGAACUCCUUUUAUAUCAAAAUCAAGUUCUUCGGGAAGCAGGACUCUAUAGAGAAGCCCUGGAUCACCUUUGUACCUAUGAAAAGCAGAUUUGUGAUAAACUUGCUGUAGAAGAAACCAAAGGGGAACUUCUGUUGCAGUUAUGUCGCUUGGAAGAUGCAGCUGAUGUAUAUAGAGGAUUACAGGAGAGAAAUCCUGAAAACUGGGCCUAUUACAAAGGCCUAGAAAAGGCACUCAAGCCAGCUACUAUGUUAGAACGACUAAAAAUUUAUGAGGAGGCCUGGACUAAAUAUCCCAGAGGACUGGUGCCAAGAAGACUGCCAUUAAACUUUUUAUGUGGUGAGAAGUUUAAGGAAUGUUUGGAUAAGUUCUUAAGGAUGAACUUCAGCAAAGGUUGUCCACCAGUCUUCAAUACUUUGAGGUCAUUAUACAAAGAUAAAGAAAAGGUGGCAAUCAUAGAAGAAUUAGUAGUAGGUUAUGAAACUUCUUUAAAAAGCUGCCGGUUAUUUAACCCCAAUGAUGAUGGAAAAGAGGAACCGCCAACCACAUUACUUUGGGUUCAGUACUACUUGGCACAACAUUAUGACAAAAUUGGUCAGCCAUCUAUCGCUCUUGAAUACAUAAAUACUGCUAUUGAAAGUACACCUACGUUGAUAGAACUCUUCCUUGUGAAAGCUAAAAUCUAUAAGCAUGCUGGGAAUAUUAAAGAAGCUGCAAGAUGGAUGGAUGAGGCUCAAGCUUUGGAUACAGCAGACAGAUUUAUCAACUCCAAGUGUGCAAAAUAUAUGCUAAAAGCCAAUCUGAUAAAAGAGGCUGAAGAAAUGUGCUCAAAGUUUACAAGGGAAGGAACAUCAGCAGUAGAGAAUUUGAAUGAAAUGCAAUGCAUGUGGUUCCAGACAGAAUGUGCCCAAGCUUAUAAGACAAUGAAUAAAUUUGGUGAAGCACUUAAGAAAUGUCAUGAAAUUGAGAGACAUUUUAUAGAAAUCACUGAUGACCAGUUUGACUUUCAUACAUACUGUAUGAGGAAGAUUACCCUUAGAUCAUAUGUGGACUUAUUAAAACUAGAAGAUGUACUUCGACAGCAUCCAUUUUACUUCAAGGCAGCAAGAAUUGCUAUAGAGAUCUAUUUGAAGCUUCAUGACAACCCCCUUACAGAUGAGAAUAAAGAACGUGAAGCUGAUACAGCAAACAUGUCUGAUAAAGAACUAAAGAAACUACGUAAUAAACAAAGAAGAGCUCAGAAGAAAGCCCAGCUAGAGGAAGAGAAAAAAAAUGCAGAAAAAGAAAAGCAGCAGAGAAAUCAAAAAAAGAAGAAGGAUGAUGAUGAUGAGGAAAUUGGAGGUCCAAAAGAAGAACUUAUCCCUGAGAAACUGGCAAAGGUUGAAACUCCAUUGGAAGAAGCUAUUAAAUUUUUAACACCAUUGAAGAACUUGGUGAAGAACAAGAUAGAAACUCAUCUUUUUGCCUUUGAGAUUUAUUUUAGGAAAGAAAAGUUUCUUUUGAUGCUACAAUCAGUAAAAAGAGCAUUUGCUAUUGAUUCUAGUCAUCCCUGGCUUCAUGAGUGUAUGAUUCGACUCUUUAGUACUGCAGUGUGUGACAGUAAAGAUUUACCUGAUGCAGUUAGAACAGUAUUAAAACAAGAAAUGAAUCGUCUUUUUGGAGCAACGAAUCCAAAGAAUUUUAAUGAGACUUUUCUGAAAAGGAAUUCUGAUUCAUUGCCACACAGAUUAUCAGCUGCCAAAAUGGUAUAUUAUUUAGAUUCUUCUAGUCAAAAGCGAGCUAUAGAGUUGGCAACAACACUUGAUGAAUCCCUCACUAACAGAAACCUCCAGACCUGUAUGGAGGUAUUAGAAGCCUUGUGUGAUGGUAGCCUAGGAGACUGUAAAGAAGCUGCUGAAGUUUAUAGAGCAAAUUGUCAUAAGCUUUUCCCUUAUGCUUUGGCUUUUAUGCCUCCUGGAUAUGAAGAGGAUAUGAAGAUCACAGUUAAUGGAGAUAGUUCUGCAGAAACUGAAGAACUGGCCAAUGAAAUUUGAACAUCACUAAACAAGCAAAUGGAAUGACUUUGGACCAUAUCUAGUAUAUAAUAUUUUUGUCACGCACCUGCUGCAUUGCUCUGACUUAAGCAGAAUGAGAAGAGUAAAUGUUCUUGCCUUCAAAUAGUCUUUUAAGUUUUUUAUCCUGCUGAGAAAGUAUAUAUAAAAUACCUAACAUAUUACAGGAUAUAGGUUCAGUUUCUUAAAAAAUUAAAAGCUGCUAAAAUUGAGGGGUUAAAAAAAAGAGAACUAUCUUCUUCCUACCUACCUACCCAUGUUUUUAAACUAAUUUAUAGAAAAUCUGGAGGCCGUUACAGCUAACAAAGCAGGUGUGUGGCAGAAAUAUUACUUUAAAUUUGUCUUGUGAGAUUUUACUAUAUCUCAGACAGCAUAAAUGCUGUUUUAGCACUGGAUUCUUUCACUGAGCACAAAGAGUUGUUGGGGCUUUAGCAUCUGACUGGUUUUGUUAUGGGGUUGAUUCUGGCUAUAGGAAGUAUGCAAAUGUGAAUCACUAUUUACAGAGAAACCUACAACAGAUGCUUGAUGUUGUAGAAGCUGGGACAUAUAGAUAUCAAGCAGAAUUCUAAGAAACCUAGAGGGUGUUCAAUACGCUUGUGUUUCCAAAAUUCACUGUACAUGAUCAGUUUGGCGUUCUUGUACCACAGUUUUUUUUAACUGAAGAUACCAGUUGGAACAAUCAAUUUUAACUAAAACUUGAAGAACUAAAAUAACAAUGCAAACCUUUCAGCAUUGUUUUGGCCAAACUUGUUAAAACUGUAAUGCAAGAACCAAAUGCACUGUGAUAUGGCACCAACUAAUUAGCAAGCAUGAGUUUUUUCACCCAGAGUGAAAAAAGGAAAUCUACCAUGGCUUGAAGUUAAAGAGCAGAACUCCUGACUACCAUUCUAUGACUGAUCAAGAGACUAAUAGUUAAAAAACCUCAGCAGGCCUUGUUCACGAUAUGCAGAAAAAAAGUGCUGCAGUUUAGAUACCUCUGGAAUUUUUCCACAGUGUCACAGGUUUGUAAUACUUGAAGCCCUACAUUUCUAAGAAUAUAUUUCUUGCUCAGUUGUUUCAGGCAAGCCCAAGACUUUGUAAUUUUUAAAGGGCCCAAGAUUUUUUUUUUUUUUCAAUAACAGACCAGCUUCUUUUUCCUGCAGUUACAGAUGUAAUUUCCUUUUUGUUGUCAAAAUGAGGUACCAAAUAUGAUGCAAUAAAUUGUUUUGAAAAACAGUUGUGUGAAUAUUUCAACUAAUCUGUGUUGGGCUUCUUGAAAUAUACAGGUGGAAACAGAGGUUGCAAGCCAGAGGCGCUGUAGUAUACUGAAAGGUUAGUGCAGACGGGAGCUCUGCAGAUGGCCUAGUGCUGGUGUCAGGGAGUUCCGCAGUGCAGGUGCAGGGCAGCUCCAGCAGGUUUCACUGAGGGCUUGGAUGACGCAGGUACUAUGAAUGCAAUUUGUAAUUAAUAAUUUGAAAGGAAAACAACUGUUAUUUUGAUUGAGGAAAUGAGCCUUAAUAUGUUAAAUCUAUACACUGAGAACCAGCCUCCGACCCAAGGUUCUCACUGUAUUGCAAGAUCUGAGCAAAUAAGAUUAAGUGAAUCAGUUGUAUGUGUAAUUGGUCUUUUUUCCAUACUAUUAUGAAAAGUAUAUUCUAAAGGGAAUUUUUAGAAGACUUGAUACUUCCACUGAUGGGACAGUUGUGAUAAAUUCAACCUUUCAUAGUACAUUCCUGCAUUCCACAUCCCAGUCUAAUAAUUCAGUGAUGUAAAGAAAAGUACAAACUGAAUUUGAGUGCUUCGUUAUGUUUUAUUAACUGACCCUAUCUCAGGAACAUCUUAAUAGAUGGCAAGAAACGCCAACAUUUUUUUCAACUGUGAGUGGCAGCUGAAGUUCUUACUGUUGGGAAAGAACACUAGUGCUACCUCUGCCACUAAUGAGGUGAUUGGAGGAGGCACCAGCCAUAUGAUAGGGGGUGUGUGUGAAUUAUGUUUAAACUCUACUGUAUAUUGAAAUGGAAUUAUAUUUGUUUUGACAAUGUUGAAAUGAUGUAGAUUGUCUUAGAAUGAAUAUUCAUAAGUACUCAAUUCUCGAUGCAGAUACCACCGGUGAGGAGUUAAAUUCCUAAUACAUAUAUUGUAAUUCCAACCCAGUUUUACUGGAACUAUUGAAUAAAUAUUUUUUUUCAGGUUUA